AUGGUCUUCUUACCACAAGGAAUAGACCAAAUCGACAAAAAGACCCUAGAAAUUUCAAAAGCAGACGAUGAAGUCUACACCGAUCUAAGCACACUGGGCGAAGAGCUGCCAGACCACUCGCCCAGAUUCAUCUUGCUCAGCUACCCCCUGACCAUGACAUCCGGCCGUCUAUCCGUACCCUACGUCAUGCUAUACUACCUCCCCGUAACCUGCAACAGCGAGCUCAAGAUGGUCUACGCCGGAGCAAAGGAAUUGAUGCGCAACCAAGCAGAAGUCACCCGUAUCAUCGAGAUCGACAGUGCGGAAGAGCUAGAAGAGAUUGAAGACCAACUCAGAGGAGACGAAUAG